AUGAAUCAACACAUCACAGGCUAUGUAAUAAUAGGAAAAGUAUACGAAAGUGUGAAGGAGAUAGGGAGAUUACCGACCGGAGAAAGUCCGGGACCUCUUCAACAAUGUCAAGAAAACCGACAUCCAGAGAACAAUAUUCAGUGUGAAUCAGAGAGUGGAGGAUUUGAUGAAAAUUGGAGAAGGUUCAACAUGAUUCAGAGAUGGGAGAGUGCAGGAAUUGAAGGUGAAAGUUGGGGAGUAAUGGUUGAAAAGAAGGUUGAAGAGGAUCAAUGA